GUAUCUUUAAGAAUAAAUCGAACCCAGGAAACUCAUACGAGUGUUUAACGCACGCUGAUUAUUACAGCUGACACGUGACAAUUAUAUAAAUAGAUCUGCAUUAAAAAUAUGACAACCAUCUCGCCGCAGUCGUCAUCGAAAAAAUUGCCAGGAGUAGAAUUUGCACUUGGUGGUAUCGCGGCAAUGGGUGCCGGGUGCUUUACAAACCCAAUUGAUGUAAUAAAAAUACGCCUCCAGCUUCAAGGAGAGUUGGCGACACGCGGGACCUAUAAAAAACUUUACAAAAACACAAUUCAUGCUGCUUACAUUGUUGCUAAGCAUGAAGGAAUUUUUGCUCUACAAGCCGGCUUUAUACCAGCUAUUGGAUUCCAACUGGUUCUAAAUGGAGUCCGGCUAGGAACUUACAAUAUUGCAAAAAAGCACAAAUGGACUUUGAACAAGUAUGGAAAAACCAGUAUUGUAAAGACCGCAGUAAUAUCUGGUACUGCAGGUGCUGUGGCAUCUAUUAUUGGUAGUCCUUUGUACAUGGUCAAAACACAAUUACAAGCUCAAGCUGCUUCUUCUAUAGCAGUCGGCCACCAGCACGGUCACGUUAGCACGUGGGCUGCGUUCCGAAAUUUGUGGAGAGAAGGGGGAUUCAAAAGUUUUUAUCGUGGGUGGAACGCUGGUGUUCCCAGACUUUUUGUAGGAUCUGCAACACAGCUAACGUCGUUUAGUUUGGCAUCGGACUGGUUGAAAUCUAUAAAUUUAUUUCCUGAUCAUCCAGUUUUGUUAACAUUUUUGGCUAGUUUUGUGGGCGGUACUUGUCCAGCCUUAACUAUGCAACCAUUCGAUGUCGUUGCAACAAGACUAUAUAAUCAAGGAGUCGAUGCAAAGGGUAAAGGGCUUUUGUACAAUGGCGUAUUCGAUGCCUUGAUUAAGAUAGCCAAGAAAGAAGGAAUUUACGGACUGUACAAAGGUACAUUCCCAACGUGGUUGAGAAUAGCUCCUCAUACCGUUUUAUGUUUGGUAUUUUAUGAUGAGUUAGAUAAAUUCUACACAAAGUUAACAAGCGAAUCUCAAUAAUGUGUUAAUAGCAAUAAUCAAUUUA